AUUAUUGAUAAAAGCGUCGGGUGUGUUUAUUGUUUUUUAAAAAACAAUUGUAUUAAAACGAAAACUAUCGAUUUUUCAGUCUUUCAUAAGAAAGUUGAAUGCAACAACAUAAAUGGCUGAAAUCAUUCGAAAUCAAAAAUUUCAGUAUAAGUUGUCUGAACUACUUAAAAAUGAUUGGUAUAACAUUGGUAUUAACUUAGAUAUCGAAGAACGUGAUUUAGAAUCAAUUAGAGAUGAUGUAAAAUUUAAAAACAGCCAGGAAAAAGCUUACGGAAUGUUGAAAUGCUUUAUUAAUAAAGAAAAACCAACAUUGGACAAAUUAAAAGAUGCCAUUAAAAAAAUUGGGAAAAAUGCUUUAUUGAAUGAUGUGAAUAAUCUUGAAGAUACGUUUCUGAACAAGUCUCCAAAUUUCGAAGAUAACACCAACAAAAGGAAUUCUCCAUUAAACAAUGGGAAUGAUAAUCAAUUUCCACUGACUUCAAAAAUUGUUGAGAGAGUUGCCUAUUUAAUUGGGGAUAAAUAUGGCAGUUUUGGACGUCAUCUUGGUUUAGAUCAGUAUGAUAUUAAAAUCAUUAAAAACGAUGAGCAAUCAACGCAAGCAAGAGCAACAGCUGUUAUAGAUUUGUGGAUUGAACUUAAUCAUAUCUCAAAAUGGGAACAGCUAAAAAAAGAGUUAAUAUCAUUUAAACGUAUAAAUACUGUUGAAAUAAUCGAGAAAGAGUUUGCAUAUAAAUAACCCUUGAACAAGAAUUUCAUCAAUUAUUAUUUCAUCAAUCAAGCUGAGUCAUUUCCUUAUAAUCUAAAUUUAACAUUAUGUAUUAUUUUAUAAUGCAAAACUAUUACUACUUUGAUAAGUGUGUA